AUGAUGGAUUGGGAUUCAGAACACGAAGGUAACACAUACCCAUUUUUUGGUUUACGUGAGCCUUUCUCUGGUCUUAAUGAGAUGGAUUUUGAGCUUCAUGGCAUCUACAUGGAUCAUGAACCAGACGAAGAGUUCAUUACUCCACUGGACAAGUGUAAGGAUGCAUUUCUUAAUGUGUUACUAAGUGAUGAAAAUAUUAGAAACUCUAGUUUGACUAAUGAUGUAAGAGCACAAGUGUAUCAUCGUGGUGACUUGCAAAGUGAUGAAAAUGAAAAAGAGCAAGAACAGAUACUUGAUUGUAGGUUCUGGGGAAUAAUUCAUAGUCAAGGGCAUGUGUUUGAGGCCAGAAGAGGGUGUGACAGUUAUAGGGUGGACUUAGAUGAUAUGACAUGUUCAUGUAGGCUGUGGGAUUUGGCUGGCAUCCCUUGUGUGCAUGCAAAUGCAGCAAUUAAUUUUAUCCAUCAAACACCAGAUGCAUACAUCAAUGCAUACUUCUCUAAAGAUAAAUUUAGGCAAUGUUACUCAACAAACAUUGAACCUGUUAAUGGCAGCAAUCUUUGGGCCCAAACUGAAUACAUUAAGCCAUUGCCUCCAAUGUCUAAGAGGAUGCCUGGUAGGCCUGCUACCAAAAGAAAGAGGCAUGCCAGUGAGAAGGAGAGCAAGUUUUCAACAACAAAAGUGAAGGUUGCAAGAACUACCAGAUGUGGUAAUUGUUUGGAAUAUGGUCAUAACAAGAGGGCAUGUAAGAAUGAGAGAAAACAAUAUGUGCCUCCCCCACCAAAGAAGACAGGAAGGCCAAGAAAACAUCCCAUCCCCCAUGUGUCUACAAGCCCUGGUCAACCAAAUGUCCCAAGUCAACCUCCAUGCUCUAACACAGUGAGGAGGAGUCCAAGAAAACAUAACACAUUGAGGAUGAGUCUCAGAAAACAUCAGCAACAGGCAGGUUCUAAAAGAUUUAGGAGAAAUAGUAUUGAUGUACCAAGGAAGAAGUUGUGCACAAGGAGAGGUGGUGGGAGGAUUGGUUCUGCAACUAUAGGUACUCAAGAGAGUGUGGUUCAACAAGUUCCAGUUGUUGAUGAGGGUGAAAAUGUGAUGGGUGAUAAUGUGGGUCAAAGUGUAGUUCAACAAGUUCCAGUUGUGCAGGAAGUUCAAGUAAUUCAUAUUCAAGAUGGUCAUAUGAUGCAAGAAGGAGAAAGUAGUCAAGCAAGUGUGAUGGAAGGUAGUGACACUUUUGGGCAAGUAGGGUCCAGUAUUGGUAGGAAGCUUAAAUCAAUAAAUGAUGAAAUUGAACAAGGUAUUGAUUCAAUUUUAGAAGGGGUUAACUUCACAAACAAAACAAAGUCCAGUCCACUAAAUGGUGACAAUGAGGUGGAAGAUAAUCAGUUUAUUGAGUUUACUGAGGGCAAAGAGGAUGAUAUUCUCCCAGAGAAGAUACAAUUAGGACCUAAAGAAAUUGCUAGUAUGCUAGAAGCUGGUUAUAGCAUGGCAGAAAUAGAAGCUAUGCCAGGGGUACAAGUGGAAUUGGAUGAUUCCCCACCAGUUGAACUGGAUGUAAAUGAUUUCAUUGAUGGUCAUCAUUCUGAUGAUGAUGUUGGUCUGGAUGGUGGAGCUGAAGGUGCUGGAGAUGAAGCUGCUGGUGAUGGUGGUCUGGAUGAUGAUGUUGGUCUGGAUGCUGGUGAUGGUGAUGAAGAAGGUCCUGGUGGUGGAGAUGUUGAUGAUGGUGAUGGGCCUGAAGGUGAUGGUGAUGAAGAAGGUCAUGGUGGUGGAGAUGUUGAUGAUGGUGAGGAAAACCAGGGUGAUGAUGAAGGACAUCAGGUUGUCCUAAUCGUUAGGAGGAGAAUAAGGAAAACUUCUGAGAGGAUUACCAAGAUAAAGCUAAGAAAGGGUGUCUAUGACAAAGAUGGUGGUGGUUCUUCUUUUGUAAAGCCAAUCAACUUGGAGUAG